ACCCACAAUUCUCUCUCCUUUCAGUCCCUACAAAGAGGUGGAGGUUAGGGUUAGUUUCCCACCCUCUGGCAGCACCAGCUGGAGGGAAGAGCCCAAGGGAGGGAUGAGGAAAAUAGGAAAGGCGGCAAAGCAGGAAAGGCGGAGAGCCGGCGAAGCAAUGCGGUGUUGGUUUUUCCUUUCUCGCUUGGAGAGUGGCUGAAUCUUCUAGCCUUUGGCCGUAGCUGCUGCGGUUGUCCUAAAACCUCGGCAGCAAACGCCUCUCUCUCUUUCCUCAGCGGAGCACGCCCCUCCUAUUCCCCCUCCCCGCACUCAAUAGCAAACGCCACGGGCCUCCCUCCGUCCCUCGGCGCUGCCCCGAAUAUGGCACCUCGCAUUUUCUGGCUUUUGCUGUGAGGAAACGAGGAGCCGAGGCGAAGCCGCUUCUCCCACUCCUCUGCCUCGCCCGCAAGGCGGGUCCUUCGGGUCUCGCCCGCCUGUUCUAGGACGUGGGGGCUCGUGAACACAAAAAUGCCAGCAGCGCCCCGUCGCCAGAGGAGCAGGCAGUGGGAGAAUUAAGGCGGCUGCUGCUGAGAGCGAACGAGCGCGGGGAGGGGGAAAGGCAGCCACUAACGGAGUGCGGGAGGAAAAGGAGAAGGAGGGAGGAAGCAGCAGCUGCUCCUCGUCAGGUUGAAGGGAAGGCGGCCCCCACCCACAGGAGGAGCUGAUAUUCUCUGCAAGGACUGGGGUAGCCUCUCUCUUCCCCCCUCAGUUCCUCCUGCUCCUGUCCUCAGCAUCCUUCAAAGACGCUGCUGGAGGGAGGGGUUGCUUGGUGCAUGGAGGAGAGAGAAAGAGACAGGCGGGCAGGAAUCCUCGCCUACCGGAGCUCAGCGGCUGGAAAAUCCUUCCCCUCCCUGCCAGCUUUCCCUCUCAAGUGCUGGCUGCAGACUGCGCUGCUGGUGAAGGGGAAGUUAAUACAAAUAUGAAAAAACCCUCUUGGUUACAUAUGUGGAAGGAUUUGAUGAGUCCUGUGAGAAUCAUAUGGCAAGAUACUGAAAGAUAAAUAAAUAGCUCUGUAAGUGAAACAUCUUCUGUGUAAACAAGAUCAAGAUGACCAGCUCAGCCCGGGAACAUCUCCUUUUUGUGCGACGACGCAAUCCCCAGCUGCGAUACACUCUGAGUCCAGAGAACUUCCAGAGUUUGACAUCUCAGGGCACUGUGCCUGAGAACAUGAACUUGCAGCGUGCCAACAGUGACACUGAUCUAGUGACCUCUGACAGCCGCUCCAGUUUGACAGCAAGCAUGUAUGAAUACACCCUGGGGCAAUCUCAGAACCUUAUCAUUUUCUGGGAUAUUAAAGAAGAAGUGGAUCCCACAGACUGGAUAGGACUUUAUCACAUCGAUGAGAAUUCACCAGCAAACUUCUGGGAUUCCAAGAACCGUGGUGUGACUGGAACACAGAAAGGACAAAUUGUAUGGCGAAUUGAACCUGGCCCCUAUUUCAUGGAACCUGAAAUAAAGAUCUGUUUUAAAUACUACCAUGGUAUAAGCGGAGCUUUGCGAGCAACAACUCCAUAUAUCACUGUGAAAAACCCUGCUGUGAUGUUGGGAGCAGAGGGCACUGAAGGUGCUUCAGCAAAUCAGCAUUGCCGGAAAUUAGUUAGCUUUACACUCUCAGGUAUCAGGGCAGUUGGACUCAAAAAAGGAAUGUUCUUCAAUCCUGACCCUUACUUAAAGAUGUCCAUUCAGCCUGGAAAAAAGAGCACAUUCCCUACAUUUGCCCACCAUGGCCAGGAAAGGCGGUCUACUAUCAUCAGUAACACAACAAAUCCUAUUUGGCACAGAGAGAAAUAUUCUUUUGUAGCACUUCUAACAGAUGUCUUGGAAAUUGAAAUAAAAGAUAAAUUUGCCAAGAGUCGGCCUAUCAUCAAGCGCUUUCUUGGGAAGCUCACUAUACCAUUCCAGAGACUAUUGGAACGGCAUGCAAUAGGAGACCAAAUUCUCAGCUAUAACCUUGGUAGAAGGCUUCCAGCAGAUCAUGUAAGCGGCUACCUUCAAUUCAAGGUAGAGAUUACAUCUUCCAUCCAUGAAGAUGCUUCUCCAGAAACAGUGGGAAACUUGCUGAGAGUAAACUCUGUAAAUGGAGACUUAGGGAGCCCUUCUGAUGAUGAAGAUGUGCCCUUGGGACAUCAUGAUACACCAGUGUGCUCCAAUGGCCCAAUCCUUGAGGAAUCAGGUGGAGAUACUUUGCCAAGGCAUUCUCUGAGGACUAGUACAACUCUGGAAACAGAUCAGGAGGAUUUGUCUUCUGCAGCUUCAAGGUCAUCUCCUCCCAGAGGCCGCCAGGACUCCCUGAAUGACUACUUGGAUGCAAUAGAGCAAAGUGAUCACUCCAGAUCCGGAACCUCUGUUUGCAAUGAUCGUGCUGUUGGAGCAUCCCCAAAAUUAAGGAGUAGCUUCCCUACUGAUACCAGACUUAAUGCUAUGCUUCACAUUGACUCUGAUGAAGAGGAGCAUGAAUACCACCAAGGUUUGGGGUUCCAGUCUUCACUGGAUGACGAUAGUGGUGGGUUAGUCAUGCUGAAUGGUGCUGACAGGAAUAUUGAAAUGACUUUCUUAGACUGUUCAUCUAGCCAGAUUACGCAAAACCAGGGGGAGGCUGAGGAAACUGGGAGAGUAAUAGAUGUAGAAACUUCAUUGCAACCUUCUGAUUGCCAGCAGGAGACACUUGAGGAGCCUCCAGAAUCAGAGUUGGCUGGAGAAGAAACCGAAACUCCUCAAGAGUCUCAGGAUGAUGGGCCAGUUGGUCUGGCUGGCAAUGAAAUUUGUAUACCUCAGGAGGAAGACCAGCAGCCAGCCACAGAUAUGGACACUGGAGCUUCUGAGUCUGCUCCUGGAGGCAGAAGAGGAAUUAGGGAAGCUGAGUCUAUUGACCAGGGAUCAGAACCUUCUCAGAUUUCAUCAGAAACUGAGCAGAGUGACCCUGCACGUACAGAAAGUAUUAGUGAAUCAAGCACCAGACCAGAAGUAGAAAGUGAUGUGGAAGGGGCUGAUGGCUCAUGCAAUGAAGGCACAAUACCCCAACUCUCAUCUGUUGAUACUCGGUUCUCUUCCUUCGAAAGCACCCGGUUUCCUGAGACUCCAGCCUUUUCUUCUCAGGAGGAGGAAGAGGGAGCUUGUACCACAGAUGUCGUCAGCAGUGAGCCUGCCCUGGAAACCCAGGAAGUUGUGUGCACUCAAGCCUCUUUGCCUGCAGUGAACAUACCAAGUGCUCAAGAGGAGGGGCAGUUAUCUGAAGCAACCGGGCUACAGGAUGGCGAUGAGGCUGAAGAGAUCUGGCAGAGGAGGCAGAGCCUGCAGGCUGCAGCUGCACAUAGCCAGCCUCAAGAUGAAGGGGCUGGAGGGGCACAGGCUGCAUGUGAUGGAGUUGCUACACAGGUGGAUGGUGCUAGUGGAGGUUCCCAAGCCAAUGGUCAUCAGCCUCUUAGAUCGCUUCCCUCAGUUCGUCAGGACGUUAGUCGCUAUCAGAGAGUGGAUGAGGCCCUGCCACCAAAUUGGGAAGCACGCAUUGACAGUCAUGGGAGGAUAUUCUAUGUGGACCAUGUAAACAGAACGACAACAUGGCAGCGUCCCACAGCUCCCCCAGCCCAACAGAUCCUUCAGCGUUCCAACUCCAUACAGCAAAUGGAGCAACUGAAUCGCCGGUAUCAGAGUAUUCGCCGAACAAUGACUAAUGACAGACCGGAAGAGCACCCAAAUGCUGUGGAUGGAGCUGGAGAGGAUGCUGACUUCCCCCAACCUAAUGCAGAUUUCCGAAGGGAGAAUGUGCUGCCUCACUCUACCUCCAGAUCCAGACUUACUCUACUGCUACAAUCUCCCCCUGUGAAAUUCCUCAUCAGCCCAGAAUUUUUCACAGUGCUGCAUUCUAACCCUAGUGCCUACCGCAUGUUUACAAACAAUACGUGUCUGAAGCACAUGAUCACCAAAGUCCGGCGGGAUACCCAUCAUUUCGAGCGCUACCAGCAUAAUCGAGAUUUGGUGGGUUUCUUGAAUAUGUUUGCCAACAAACAGCUGGAGUUGCCUAGGGGUUGGGAAAUGAAGCAUGAUCAACAAGGCAAGGCUUUUUUUGUUGACCACAAUUCCCGCGCUACCACCUUCAUUGACCCGCGGCUUCCUUUGCAGAGCAGCAGGCCAGCUAGUGUGUUGGUCCACCGGCAGCAUUUGACAAGACAGCGCAGUCACAGUGCUGGUGAGGUAGGAGAGGAUGCCCGCCAUUCAGGACCUCCUGUUUUGCCAAGGCCAUCAAGCACAUUCAACACAGUUAGCAGGGCUCAGUACCAGGACAUGGUUCCUGUGGCUUACAAUGACAAGAUUGUUGCAUUUCUGCGACAACCCAAUAUCUUUGAAAUUCUGCAGGAGCGACAGCCAGAUCUUACCAGAAAUCAUUCACUCAGGGAGAAGAUCCAGUUUAUACGGACUGAAGGAACCCCAGGGCUCGUGCGCCUAUCCAGUGAUGCAGACCUUGUCAUGUUACUAAGUUUAUUUGAAGAGGAAAUAAUGUCAUAUGUACCGCCACAUGGCUUACUCCAUCCCAGUUAUUGCCAGUCACCACGAGGCUCUCCGGUUUCCUCUCCUCAAAACUCUCCAGGUACUCAGCGUGCUAAUGCUCGAGCUCCAGCUCCUUAUAAAAGAGAUUUUGAAGCCAAGCUGAGGAAUUUCUACAGGAAGCUGGAGACUAAAGGAUAUGGACAAGGCCCGGGAAAAUUGAAAUUAAUUAUCAGGAGAGACCAUUUGCUGGAAGAUGCCUUUAACCAAAUUAUGGGUUAUUCAAGAAAGGACCUGCAGAGAAAUAAACUUUAUGUCACGUUUGUUGGAGAGGAAGGGCUGGACUACAGUGGACCUUCAAGGGAGUUUUUUUUCUUGGUAUCAAGAGAAUUGUUCAAUCCGUAUUAUGGCUUGUUUGAAUAUUCAGCCAAUGACACGUACACUGUACAAAUAAGCCCAAUGUCUGCUUUUGUGGAUAAUCACCAUGAAUGGUUCAGGUUUAGUGGUCGAAUCCUUGGUCUUACUCUGAUACACCAGUAUUUGUUAGAUGCCUUCUUUACACGACCAUUUUAUAAAGCCCUCCUCAGAAUACUGUGUGACCUGAGUGACUUGGAAUACCUUGAUGAGGAGUUCCACCAGAGUUUGCAGUGGAUGAAAGACAACGAUAUACAUGAUAUCCUAGAUCUCACAUUCACUGUAAAUGAAGAAGUCUUUGGACAGAUUACUGAGCGGGAAUUAAAGCCUGGGGGUGCCAACAUCCCAGUCACAGAAAAGAACAAGAAGGAAUAUAUAGAGAGGAUGGUGAAAUGGAGAAUUGAGAGAGGAGUUGUGCAGCAAACAGAGAGUCUAGUACGUGGUUUCUACGAGGUUGUUGAUGCAAGGCUGGUGUCUGUAUUUGAUGCAAGAGAAUUGGAGUUGGUUAUUGCUGGCACUGCAGAAAUUGACUUAAGUGAUUGGAGGAACAACACUGAAUAUAGAGGAGGAUAUCAUGACAAUCAUAUUGUAAUUCGAUGGUUCUGGGCUGCUGUAGAAAGAUUCAACAAUGAACAACGACUAAGGCUAUUACAGUUUGUUACAGGCACGUCUAGCAUACCUUAUGAAGGUUUUGCUUCUCUGAGGGGGAGCAAUGGACCAAGAAGAUUCUGUGUAGAAAAAUGGGGGAAAAUCACUGCUCUACCCAGAGCUCAUACAUGUUUCAAUCGUCUUGACCUUCCUCCUUACCCAUCAUUCUCCAUGCUGUAUGAAAAGCUGUUGACAGCCGUUGAAGAGACAAGCACAUUUGGACUUGAGUAAAACACCAAACCAUAUAGCAUCCAGCAUCUUGGACUUUUGUGGAUCAUUCCUCAAAGAAUAUAUGAAUGCUUGCAUUGUGUUUCCUAGAGGAAAAAGUAUUUUACAAUGCAAUUUAAGUAAUAGAAGUUCAUGAAUGAGCAACACUAGAUUAGGGAGCCCUUACAAGCUCUGAAACAGCCACGCAAGAACUCCAUAGCAAGGGUUGUGGUCUGUAGAGAGCACCUAUGACUUUUUUUUUCCUGACCACCAGAAUAAAGACACAUGACAACAAGCAAUGAGCAGUAGCAGGGCUACUGCAAAAAUCUUCCAUAUCUCAAAAAUGGAUUUCAUCCAAAUAUUUGAACAAAGUUCAAGGCAAACUAUGAAGUUUGAUAGCCCACUGCUAAAUAGCAGGUGGUCAAGUGAAAACACUGGGGUGUGCGGUUUUUACUAUGGUAGAAGUUAAUUCCCAGUGGUACACUACUUUAUGUCAUAUACAGUACAAUGCUAAAAUAUGUUAUACAUGCUAUACCUAAGACUACGAGUGCCUGCAUGGUGUGCACCAUAAAGAUAACAUUUGGGGGAGAUUUAACAACAGUGUGAAAGAAGCUGGCAGCAAGAGAUGGUCUGACAGAAUGAUUUGCAGUUAAGUGGCUUGUACAUAUGUAUAUGCAAAUAGUUUAUUUGGCAAAAGAUGAGCUGUUAUAAGAGAAUAAUGAUUGGUUUUAAGCUUUA